UUAUCCUGAAGAUACCUCAGGAGAGAGAGAGAGAGGAGAGAGGGGGGUGGUCAAUAAAUUCAGGCUUUCCAUGCCCUAAGUCAUCUCUUCACCUGAAAAAUUGUAAACCCCAAGUCCAGUCUCUUCCUUUCUCCUGAGGUAUAUAAUUAGAAACUUCGCAAUUCUCUCUCUGUAUGAGGAAUUAUAUUUAUCUUGAUCGAUUCGAAUUGAUCUUAUCAUGUGAAAUCUGAAGCUUUUGCUUCGCUGGGUUCUGCAACGGUUUGGAAAGAUCAGGUCUAACCGUCUGAGGGUUAUGGUGUUGAUGUUAUGGGAAUUGCUCUGGUAGUCUCCUGUUUACUUGAACGGGGUAAAUGGAAAGAAAACAAGAGCUCCCUAGGGACCACUCUGAUAGUUAUUCAUACAACUCCAUGAAUAGACGGAAUGAUGGGCUUUCAGGGGCUGAAGGCCCAAAGUCUUUCCAUGAUACUAGUUAUGUCCCAGAUGCAAAUCCAAGGCCUCCCGAAUUUGUAUUAUCAAGUGGGGGAGGCUGGAACUACUCAGUUCAGACAGGUGAGGAGUUUGAGUUCAUGCAAGCUAAAGCCUUUAUCCCACCUAGUUCUGUUUCUUAUCAUGUAACCACCUCUGAAACCAUUAAUAAUCAGUGCGAUACAACCACAUAUCAAGAUUUUCAGGGAAUUCUGGGCAUUCAGUGUAGUGGGUCUGAUGUUUCCAUGUUUGGGGGUGGUGAAAAAGGACGGUUUAAGGAGCGUGAGGGCAAGGCUCAGCAUGAAUUUAGAACGAGUAGCUACCAUAGAUUGACAGGAGGCCAUUCCAUCGAAGAAGGAAGUAAUAGGGGAGGUGCCCCAUAUUCAGAGCAUGGGUAUAUCUCUUCAGGGACUUCUGAUGGCUCAGUUUCAGGGAAGAUGAAGUUUUUAUGCAGCUAUGGAGGGAGAAUAUUGCCUAGGCCUAGUGAUGGCAAGCUUAGAUAUGUUGGCGGGGUCACAAGGAUCAUAAGCAUUAGGAGAGAUAUCACAUGGGAAGAACUCAUGAGGAAAAUAUUAACCAUUUAUGACCACGCGACAGUGAUAAAGUACCAGCUACCUGGAGAGGAGCUUGAUGCCUUGGUUUCAGUAUCUUGUGAUGAGGAUAUUCAGAACAUGCUAGAAGAAUACAUUGCUUUGGAAAGUAUCGAGGGGUCUCAGACUCAGUCUAUGAAGCUUAGGAUAUUUCUCUUCUCUGCGAGUGAAUUUGAUGAGGGGCAUCUUGAUAUGAGGGGGGGAGAAGGCAGCUCAGAGCUUCAAUAUGUGGUGGCGGUGAAUGGGAUAGACUCUGGGAUGAGGAAAUCACCAAGUGGGGAUGGGUUAGGAAGUGCAUCUUCUCACCAUUUGGAUCAAGUGCUAAGCUUGGAUAUGAGGAGAGAGAAAGAGAGUCAAACUAUUCCUGUUCCUUCCAAUCCAAAUGUUCCCUCUUCUGUUCCAACCCCACAAAGUUCCUGUGGAAAUUUCGAUGGACUCUCAAAUACAACUUCUAACAAGGAACCCCAACUUGCCCCGCUUCAUGAUAGCGGGCACGAUAAUUUUUUUGCCACCAAUGCACAUGAUAUAGAUAGCCACAGGGUUGCUCCUCCUUCUGUACCAUCUAAGUUGGUCGAGCCUUCUCAAUAUCCUCCGUUUGGAAUGAGUUCGUCAGAGAAGCCUCUCAAUGAGCAGCUCUCUUCAAAAUUGUCAGGUUUCUCUGAAAAUAUACAAACUAGCCAACAACGAGAUGCACUGUUAGGUGUGGAGAAACCACAAGGGGAGGUUGUUUUGCCCCAACAAAGGACCGAAUAUGAAAACAUGCUACCUUUGGAGAACGAGCUCAUUUCUCCAACUCUUCUUCCACACCCUGUUCCUCAAAGAGAAAUCUUUUCCACAAAGCAACCUGAAGUUGUCCCUCAAGUUGAGUCCAGUGGCCUUCGCAACCAAGGUACUCUACAUGCCGAUCUUAACAAGCCUGGUUUGAGCUAUUCUAAGGAGCAAGAUCUUCCUUUUGCAACUCCUCUACCUGAUAAAGGUAAUUCACCUGUGCCUUCAAGUCAAGAUAGAGAAGACCUGAUGCACGCUGAUGGCAUAUCAAUAUCUGAUGCUCCUAUUGCAAGCCAAGAUCAAGAAAGUAAUAAUGAUUUCAGCACCGUCUCUGCAGAAGGUGGGGCCAGUCUCUUUGACUAUGGCUACUAUCAAGAGCCUUAUGUUCCUCAGAGAGUGUUUCGUUCAGAGAGGAUUCCUAGGUCGCAGAUGGAUUCCCUAAACCGGUUAUCUAAAUCAGAUGAUUCUAUCAAUACCCACUAUUGGAUGGUGGAUCCUCCGAGGGAAUCCAUUGAUCCAUUUCAUGAAGAAUUCCCAGCCUCCUCUCAGGGUACUGAACCCACCAUCUUGACUACAAAAGCACCACUUCCAUAUCCAAAUCCAUCCACCCUUGUAGAUGGGUUGAUGCAAUUUCAAGGGUAUAAAGAUCUGGCCGAGUCGAUUUCUCAAGCAAAACAAUCGAGUCCAAUCGUGUCAGACCACGGUGAGAAAUCUGAAUAUCAGCAAACAUCACACCAUGUGGAGAAACCUGCAUCCCUUUUCCCAGCUGAUGAGUGGGAAAGCCUUAGCAAACAUCAAAAGGUCUCGGCUUCUGGUGUGCUUGAUGAGCCAUGGUGGGGGACGAUGCCUGAUGAGAGCCACAAAGUUGUGACGAAUGUGACCUCUACGCCAAAGUAUCAAGGUGAUAACCUUAUCGAUGUUGAAGAUAAUGUCUCUUCCGAUCUUCUAUCAGAUAUAUUUUCAAGGGCAAACAUUGCCAAUGACCCUAGUGGCAUCAGUGUGGCUCCUGGUGUCGUAAAAGAUGAAGCUGGUGUGAGCUUGAACAUGCCUAACCAUGAGCCUCAGCGGUGGUCAUUUUUCAGGAAUUUGGCAAAAGAUAUUUCUCUUAUCGAUCAGGAUCACAUGAGUUAUUCUUCCCCACCUAUAAAGUUUGAAGGGGUGGACCAGAGGGCUUAUGAUUUUUCCCAUUUUAAGGGUGAAGGGAUUUCCUUUUCUUGUGAAGUUUCCCAAGCUGAUUUUGACAAGGGAAUCCACCGAGAAGCAUCUGGUAUGGUUGGAGAUGUGAGCAUCAGUUUGCAAACAGACUUCCCCCAUUCUGGUGUUAACCUUCCCCGUGUUCUGGACAAGGACGGUGAAAUUCAGGCUGUUGGGGAAGUCUUGUAUUCAAAAGCAGCAGAUGGAGUUAUCAUAAGUACUCCAGACUCAGACUAUGAGGAAAGCAAGAUGGAAGACAAGAACACUGGUGCUGCAAUUUUAGAUGCUAUGGCUGCAUUGGGUGACUUUGAUUACAGUGAUUUGCAGAUAAUAAAGAACUCAGAUCUCGAGGAGCUGCGUGAACUGGGUUCAGGCACAUUUGGGACAGUUUAUCACGGGAAAUGGAGAGGCACUGAUGUUGCUAUUAAGCGGAUAAAAAAGAGCUGUUUUACUGGCCGAUCAUCCGAACAAGAGCGAUUGACCCAGGACUUUUGGAGGGAAGCCGCUAUUCUAUCAAAACUUCACCAUCCUAAUGUAGUUGCAUUCUAUGGUGUUGUACAUGACGGACCCGGUGGAACAUUGGCAACUGUAACUGAGUUCAUGGUGAAUGGUUCUUUAAGGCAUGUCUUGCUAAGGAAGGAUAGGGCUCUCGAUCGGCGAAAAAGGCUUAUAAUUGCAAUGGAUGCAGCUUUUGGAAUGGAAUACCUACAUUCUAAGAAUAUUGUGCAUUUUGAUUUGAAGUGUGACAACUUGCUGGUGAACAUGAGAGAUCCUCACCGCCCCAUUUGUAAGGUUGGUGAUUUUGGCUUGUCAAAAAUUAAAGCAAAUACCCUGGUUUCUGGUGGUGUUAGGGGAACCCUUCCUUGGAUGGCUCCAGAACUGUUAAAUGGAAGCAGUAGUAAGGUUUCUGAGAAGGUGGAUGUAUUCUCAUUUGGCAUCGUCAUGUGGGAAAUCCUUACUGGUGAGGAACCUUACGCACAUAUGCAUUAUGGGGCAAUUAUCGGAGGCAUUGUAAAUAAUACGCUUCGGCCACCGGUACCCGGCUGGUGCGACCCCGAGUGGAGGAGACUAAUGGAGCAGUGCUGGGCCCCAGAUCCUGCAGGUCGCCCCUCUUUCACUGAGAUUGCCAGCCGGUUACGCAUGAUGUCGGAUGCUCUUCAAGCUAAAGGCCCUGGAUAUCAGGCACAUAGCCAAAUGAGGGUUUGAUUGCAUUUUUCCACCGUUUAUGGUACACCCAAAUUCUAUUUACUCAUUAUUGCAGCGAACUCCUACGUGGUGUCUAUCAUCUUCAUUGUAACUGACAAAUGUGUCAGUGCGACGCAGGUUGGUGUCGGCAGUUCUCUCUCUCCAUACCCUAAAAGAAAAAACGAGAAAAAAAAUAAACCUCCCCUCGUUAUACAUGUGAAUUGUGUGUCUAAUUUAUUGGUUGUAUUUUUUUAUAUUGAUCUUAUGUCCUAGAUGUAUAAUAUUGUGCUUGUAGGGAGGUUAGGCUCUCCCCUGAAAGGACGAUGUGUUGUUACAUUAAAUCUGUAGUGUGGGGACUUUCAGUAUGGUCUGCGAAAUUCUACAACAUGAAUGUAUGUACGGCCUGAGCUCGAGUGACACUAUUAUAUUCAUGGUUGUGUAGCAUGGACUGAAUUACACUUAUGUGAUACCUUUACUGUGGUUAUUAGCAGCAAAGAAUGAAUCGUCUCAUGGAUAUCUUA